AGGAGAGCUUAGAACGAGUUUGGUGAAGGUCUCAAGAAGCAAACAUUCUUGUUAUAGAGGUUUAAAGGAGUGAUGGCUAUCGGAAAUUUCUCUUUACUUGCUGCUGCUGCAAGAAGGCUUGAAGGUAAAGUGGCCCUAAUCACUGGUGGGGCGAGCGGCAUAGGAGAGUCCACUGCAAGACUCUUCUCAAAACAUGGAGCUAAAGUUGUGAUUGCAGAUGUGCAAGACGACUUUGCUGAAUCUGUUUGCAGGGACCUAAGCCCUUCGUCCACUUCGUUUGUCCAUUGCGAUGUAACGAAAGAAGAAGAUGUCGAAAACGCUGUCCAAACAGCCACAAACAAAUAUGGAGAGCUAGACAUCAUGUUCAACAAUGCAGGUAUAAUUGGCACAAAUAAACCCAACAUCCUUGACAAUGACAGGGUAGAAUUUGAGCAAGUGAUUAGGGUAAAUCUGGUUGGUGCGUUUUUGGGGAUCAAACAUGCAGCUCGCGUUAUGAUCCCAGCUGGAAAAGGUAGCAUAAUCAACACUGCUAGUGUUUGUUCUACCAUCGGGGGUUGCGCAUCACAUGCAUACACAAGUUCAAAGCAUGGUUUAGUAGGGCUGGUAAGAAACACGGCCGUGGAGCUUGGACAACAUGGUAUUCGUGUGAAUUGUGUGUCACCGUAUGUAGUUCCCACGCCGUUAGCGAAGGAGUUCUUUAAGCUUGAUGAUGAUGGAGUUCAUGGUGCUUAUUCCAACCUUAAAGGUGGGGUUCUUAGGGCAGAAGAUAUUGCUGAAGCUGCUCUUUACUUGGGAAGUGAUGAGUCAAAGUAUGUUAGUGGGCAUAAUCUUUUGGUAGAUGGAGGCUACACAAUUGUGAAUGCAGGGUUUUGCAUGUUUGAACAAGCUUGAGAAAAAUGUUCAAUGUAAUAAGUUGGCAAAAUAAAUAAUUUGCGCAGAGUCUCUUACGAACCGUUACUUGUGAUAUUCAUGUUUGCCACAUUACAUAGCAGCUUCCUCCAUUGGCAGUAAUACUAAGCCAGGAGAAAGGGAUGAAAUAGUCCAUUGUCUGAGAUCAUGGUAAUAUCUGAAGGAUUCUGAUAGCCUUGUUUAUUGUUUCAUGCAGAAUUUGCAGAUCAAAUUGUAUGGCUAAACAUCACAUUUCUGUACCUUAAAAUGACCACCACCAAUUUUUUGUCCCUUAAAAUGAAGACAACCAAUCCAUUUUUUCUGUACCAUCACACGCAUUCCC